GGGGUGGGGGUUAGCUGGUACUUCUUUGCUUUUUAAGAAUAAACGGGCGGUUAUCUUACCUUUUUUUUUAAUAAAUGCCCUUCCCGAAAGUAUGUAGACUAUAUCUCAUUUGUGUAUUUAUUUUUUAAGCAGUAUUUUAUUUUUAAGUCGCCUUCAUCUGAGACAGCUGUUCCCCACCGCCUGCUCGUCUUUUCCCUGGUGUGCAAGAUCAGGCACACCGAUAAUACAACAGGCCUGCAAAGCUUCGGGAAGACUUAAGUUGAAGGCCUGCUCUUUUACCGAUGAGAUGAUUGAAACGUUUGCAACAGGUGAGACUCAGGAACUGCUGAACCAGCUGAAUGUGUUGCUGGAACAGGAGUUGAGAUGUCAGCCAAAGAUAUCUGGCCUGAAAAUAAUUGAAUCUGCUCAUGAUAAUGGACUCCGGAUGACUGCAAGUUUACGGGACUUCGAAGUAAAAGAUCUGCUUAGCUUAAUCCAGUUCUUUGGCUUUAGCACAGAGACAUUUUCUCUCACUGUGAAUUUCCUGGACAGGUUUUUAUCAAAAAUGAAGGUACAACCAAAACACUUGGGCUGUGUUGGGCUAAGUUGUUUCUACCUGGCUGUGAAAGCAACAGAAGAAGAACGAAACAUUCCAUUAGCCACUGAUUUAAUCCGGAUAAGUCAGUAUCGGUUCACAGUUUCUGACCUGAUGAGAAUGGAGGAGAUUCUUCUAGAGAAGCUUUGUAGAAAAGUGAAAACAACAACUGCCCUCCAUUUUCUACAACAUUAUCAUUCCAUCCUGCAUGACAGCCUGAGCUUUGAAAGGAAGAAACAUCUUAAUUUAGAGAGACUUGAAGCACAGCUUAAAGCAUGUCACUGCAGAAUUGUUCUUUCCAAAGCAAAGCCAUCAGUGUUGGCUUUGUCAAUAAUGGUCCUGGAAGCUGAAGACAAAAAGCUACUGGAGUUGAUGGACAUUAUAGAAUAUCUCCGAAUACAUCUCAAGCUAAAUAGCAAAGAGCUCUCCUUCUGGAAGGAACUUGUGUCAAAGUGCCUCUCUGAAUAUUCCUCAAGCAAGUGCUCCAAGCCAAAUGUUCAAAAGCUGAAAUGGAUUGUGUCUGGCCGAACAGCAUGCCAACUGAAGCACAGUUACUAUCGAAUUGCUCACCUUCCCACUAUUCCAGAAACGGUUUCUUAAAGGCUGGAGACAGUCUGGAAGAAGAUGGGGCCUUUGGCUAAGCAGUUGUGCGACCUUAAGGGCUGGAAUGUAUUUUGCAUUGAAGGAGAAUGUCUGUUUGCCUCGGACUCGCCUGAAAGCCUGAUUCCAUGAGUGACUUAACAGUGUCCACUAGUUCUUCGCCUCUGAGCCAGAGGACCAUGCAGUGUGACUGUCUCUUGCUCUUUGGGUGCCUAACAAGAACGGAAGAUUUUGUUACCGAAUGAUGUUUGAGCCUAAAAUACGGAGAUAUAGCAGCUAAUUUAGAGUGGUGUUUUGACUUUUGGGUAAACUGAAAAGCAUACCACCUCUUUUCUAUGGUCCAAACAUUUCUACUACGUAUAGUACUUCUGAACUAAAUGCUACCUGAUGGCAAAAAAGCACAAUCUGGGUGUGUUGGCAAGCUAAUAUAUGCUUGGAUUAGUGAAAUGAUAAAUCAUUGCAUAGUAUAUCACCACAGGCUCCCAGAUUUUUUUUUUAAAGUUCAACCUAAGAGCAAGAUUAUUGAAGCUUCCACCUUAAUCCAAAUUCUAUAACUGCUGCAAUGCACUUUACAAGUAUGAAGAUGUAUUAAAUGUUUGCACUAGCACUGUACCAUAUGGGGAUUGCAGGUACUGGAGUCAAUAAGUGCUCAGUUUGCUGUAAGGCACUAAAACCAGUUUUAGCAUUAUUUAUAAUACAGGUGCCAGCACUAGUACAUGUGAAUUCUAACAAUGCAUGAAUGGCAUUUUUAAUGAACUUCAAGUAUUUUGAGGAGUUGAUAGUAGAUGAAACUGAAACAUAAGCUGAAAGAAUUAUAGGUCAAAUACUUCCUGGAAAUGUUGGCAAUCCCUAAAAAUAGGAAUAUAUACUAAAGUGAGAUACUGUGGGUUGGACACAGACUACAUUAAUGGGAAUUCAGGUCCUCCUGAAAUCAGUGGGACAAAAUUACUCAUGACUUGAUUUAAAUUCCAAUUAUUUCAAUGGGAACCAAGUUAAACUAACUUGGUCUGGAUCCAACCCUUUGCCUGUCUCCAUCUAAUGCUUUUCUUAAGUCUUUGAAGUCAAAAGUGUGAAAAGGUAAUCCUGUGUAUGUUCCUUGGGAACAUGUUGGUGAACACACAAAUGAUUUUUGGAUAUCAAAAACACAGAACUGGAUUAACUGACUUCAUGACAUUGAGUUUGGUGCUAUACUUGACUGAAACAGUCUUAACUAGCUUGUGAAUUGUUGUGAUCUUAUGUUUUUAUAGCUGUAAAAUGUUGACUUCAGUUUGUAUACUGCAGCUACACACAUGCUGUCUUGGAAAAGGUCUCUUGAUGUUCAUGCCAAUGGAAGCCAGGUGCGACUUAAUACCAUUUAGAUGAGUCCAUUUAUGAGUCCUAGUGGAAAUGGGCAAGCCAACAGGAGGUGACCUUUAGUAUCAUGAUUGCUUGAAUGCUAACAUAACAGCCUUGAGCUGAAGAUAAAUACAGUGCAGGAGUGGGGGGUUUUGGUGGGGGAGAGCAAGCAAGUUAAGAGAUGCUAAAGGGCCAUUGUGCCAUAUGACGUAUUGAAGCAUUUAUUGCCUUGCUGAAAUGGUAGCCUUGGUGGAUUUUCCACCUUGCCCUCUUAAGCUGCUUCUCACCUACUUCUAGUUCAAAUUAGUUCAAGCUUUCUGCUACUGUGCUAACUUGGUAACAAAUUCUGCAGCUUGUGUUUCAAGCAUGCAGUAUCCCAAGUUCUUGAAUGGGCAUUUCUACCAACAAAUACCAAAACUGUGAAACUGCUGAAAGCAUUGAUGCACAAUCCCACCAUUUCAAGCACUGGCUUAUUAAUUCAGGUCAGUUGCUUAUUACCAAAUGGGAUUCGUUACAAAUGACUUGCUUGUCCUUAAUAAUGAAAGUAGUAUGCACAGAAUAGCUGUAAUAACUACAGAUUUCUAAAUCUAAACUCUUGUUUGUUGCAACCCAGCAAACCUUUGCUUCUACCUCAUCACGGUCUAUUCUUCAAAGGAAAUGGAUAGAUGUUUCCUUAAACCAUUUUUGGUUUGUGAGAGACCAUACCGUUAGACCUUCCCAAUGGGUCAAUUACUUCUGUUGUGCCUUUGCCAUCCUGGUGUAGAUGGGGGAGAAUGAGAAUUCAAACAGUGUUCAAUGUGAAGGAGGACAUGCUAGAUAUGGUUAUUAGAGGUGUUAUGCCUUGUAAACUGCAAAUGUAUCUUUCAAUAAAAUAUACUGAAAAGGAA